AUGGAACGAUACUAUAAGAAACAAUGCUUAAAUCCUCCUUCAUACAUUUCAGAUAGUCCUUCUCCUUCAAAUAGUCCGAGUAGUCCUCAUCCUCCUUCAAAUAUUCCAAGAAGUCCUCCUUCAAAUAUUCCGAGUAGGUCACAACAAAGUGAGGCCACUGAGUUGGAUGAAAUAUUGGCUAAUCUUCCUACAAACCCUGCGCAUAGAAGUCGAAUGCUUGAUUAUCCAACUAAUUAUCAUGAAACAAUUCGUAGACACUAUCUCCAAAUUGAUCCUUGUCAACCUAGAGACCACAUCAUGCCAAGAAAGGUUAGUGACAAUCAAUGUCUUAUCAUCAGUUGGUUUGAUAAGUUCAAGUGGUUGGAGUAUGGUAUAUCAAAAAAUGAUGCAUUUUGCCGUUAUUGUUAUCUUUUCAAAUGUGAUUUUGAUCAAAUGGGUAACACUGGAAGUGAUGUCUUCACUGAGAUAGGGUUUACAAAUUGGAAGAAAGGACCCGAAAAUCUUCGAGUCCAUAAGGGAGGUGUUGGAAGUCUUCUUAAUAAGGCUGUACAACAAGCUAGAGAUUUGAUGACACAAAAACAACACAUUGAAACAUUUGUGAUUAAGCAAACUGAUGAAGCUCGCAUUAAUUAUCGUACUUUAUUGAGUGCCUCACUUGAGUGCAAAAGAUGGUUGUUGGGACAAGGUUUGCCUUUUCGUGGCCACGAUGAAUCGUUGAAAUCAAGCAAUAAGGGUAAUUAUUUGGAGCUUAUGCAAUUUCUUUCCAAGCAUAAUGAACAAGUUAGAAAGGUUGUGUUUGAGAAUGCUCCCAAGAAUCUUAAGUAUACUUCUUCUGAUAUUCAAAAAAAUCUUGUCCGUGCUUGUGCCAUUGAAACUGUAGAUGCAAUCGCUAAAGAUAUGGAAGGUGCAUUUUUUUCUGUUUUGGUUGAUGGAGCACAUGAUUCUUCAACUAAAGAGCAAAUGGUGGUGGUAUUGCGUUAUGUGAACAGAAAAGGAGAAGCAAUUGAAAAGUUUUUGGGUGUUCAACAUGUCUCUUCUACAACUAGUAGCUCCCUUGAAGAGGCCAUUGAAAGAUUGUUUGCUACAACAAAUUUGAGUAUGUCCAAGUUACGAGGACAAGGCUAUAAUGGAGCUAGUAAUAUGAAAGGUGAAUUAAAUGGUCUUAAAACAAAGAAUUUGAACAAAUACCCUCAAGCAUUUUAUAUUCAUUGUUUUGCACACCAACUCCAACUAGCUCUUGUAUUCGUGGCAAAGGACAAUGAGGAUGUUGCCAAUUUCUUCAUCAAUGCUAGUAGUUUGGUGAAUCUUGUUGGAUCAUCGUGUAAGCAUUGUGAUGCAUUUAGAGAAAAACAACAAGAACAAAUUCAGAAAGCUCUUGAUCUUGGUAAUCUUGAAAUGGGUAAAGGGUUAAAUCAAGAAAGUAGUCUCAUGCGUCCAUGUGAUACACGGUGGAACUCGCAUUAUGGUACUAUAGUUAGUAAUAUUGUUAUGUUUAAAGUCGUGAUGGAGGUGGUUGAAUGGAUUAAAAAUGAUGGCAACCAAGAUAAUCUCAGUGAAGCAACUAGGUUAUUCAAAGACAUACAAACUUUUGAUUUUGCAUUUCACCUUUUCUUGAUGAGACUUAUAUUGGGAAUUACAAAUGAGUUAUCACAAGCAUUGCAAAAGAAAGAUCAAGAUAUUAUGAAUGCGAUGGCGUUAGUGGAAGGAUGCAAGCAAAGACUACAAUCCUUGAAAGAUGAUGACUUUGGGGACUUGUUUCAUGACGUAGAAAAGUUUUGUGAGGAGCAUGAUAUUAUCAUUCCUAACAUGGAGGAUUUGCAUUUCGUACCUGGAAAAUCAAGGCGUAAAGCUCCAAAAAUCACAAACUUCCAUUACUAUCGUGUGGACCUCUAUUUUCAAGUUCUUGAUGUGCAACUAAAGGAGUUGAAUGAUCACUUCAAUGAGGUAAACACCGAGUUACUUCUUUGUAUGGCAUGUUUGAGUCCAGUGAAUAAUUUUGCAUCUUUUGACAAAGCAAAAAUUGUUCGUUCAGCCCAACUUUAUCCUCAAGAUUUUGAUCGUAUGGACUUUAUGAAUCUUCCAAUUCAACUUGACAAUUACAUUCAUGAUAUGAAGAUGCAUAGUGAGUUUUCAUCAUUGAGAGGAAUUAGUGAUCUUGCAAAAGAGUUAGUGAAGACCGGGAGAACUAUGCCGCUUCGUAGAGAACCACGUUGCUCAGCUAAGCCUAGUUUCCCCGAUAUAGCUCAGUUAGGGGAAGUUAUAGCUCAUGCGAUUCAGUCUUCGCUCCGCCCUCCUCAAAUGACUCAUUUGGAGAUCAUGUAUAAUCUAAAGCUGGAUAAGUUUGAGGGUCAUGAAGGAUAUGAGGGAGCUGACCGGUGGCUUGAGCAUAUUGAAAAGACUUUUCGAGUGUUGCAAAGUCAAGGGAAUCUUCCUUCUGAAAGGUGGGUAGAUACGACUUCAUGGUUCUUAGGUAAAGAAUCGGCAACCUGGUGGGGACAAGAGGUGGUAGAUUUUCUGGGGCUCCUAGAGGCCAGAGACAAGGGGACGCUAGUAGAAGAAAAGCUUCAUUUUGCCGCAGAUGUAAUAAUCGGCAUUUUGGAGAAUGUAGGAAAGGCAGCAGUGGACGUUUCACUUGUGGAAAGAUGGGACAUAGAGCGAUAA